UGACCCUCGAGAAUAUGGCUUGGAGAAAAUGUUUUUAUAGAAAAAAACGGACAUUAAUUUUACUUUGUUGUGCAUCAUUAUUUUGGAUUGUGUAUUUUCUGUUGUCACUGUCUAGUCCAAAAGAUAAAUCUGAUAUUAUUUAUGAAAAUUAUGGAGGAUCAGAAUCUCGGCGUAUCUCUAUGAAGCAUGUUAUUAGGCAGUCAACUAAGCCGUACGUGUAUGCAGCAGUGACUGUAGAUAACAAACAUCUGGUACUGCAGGAACCUCCAAACAUUCCCCACAACAAUGAGGACAAAUCUGUUAAAAAUGUGCAUGUACAGGAGGUUUCUAAAACCAUCACAACAAAAAAGACACUGGUGACAAGUGCCAAGGAAGAAGAAAGCAAUUUGAAUAACAUUUUGCAGAUAGGUUUGCAUAUUAAGAACAAGACUUUGGAGAUAGGAAAGAAGAUGAAAAACAAAACAAUUGAAGUCGGAGAGAAAGUGAAAAAUAAAACACUAGAGCAUCUGGCAGUUCUGGGCAUCAUCAGACAAAAGACUCCACCGAGGUUUUUGUUUGAACCACUCCGGUGGAAUCUGAGCAUAUCAUUUGAUGAUAUUGGUGAAAUUAUGAAAGACACGGAGUUUCUUAAUAAACUGCAGCCAUUGGAUUUAAAAGGUCCUACGUUAUCGAGCACUAAAAAUCGUACAGCAAAUUUUACGUACACCAUGCCAUUCCACACUGGUUACUGUGACUGUUGGGAGCGCUACUGUGUGUGUUGUGCUCGUAUUUCAAAUAAAAGACUGCAUCUCUAUACUACAGUUUGCUCCAAUUUUACAUUCCUUUCAAAAUCACAGGAAAUGGAUUUAGAAAUCCAGCUUAAUGGAACUUUAAUAUACAAAAAACUAAUUUCAGCUGUGGAUCCCCCUCUUCUGUGUUUGGGCUCCCAUCCUAAAGUAGCUGAUAUUUGUAUACACUUCUUCAACAUGACUUUCAAAGUGAAUGCUAACCACGAACACAAGAGCCAGCUGCUGGGCUGCACAGACUUCAGUUUAAAUCUGUACAACAGAACAAUAGGGGCACACCCGGUGGACUGUUUUCAGAUUCCUGGGGACCCCAAUCACCAUCACAAGGACAUGGGCCAUGUUCACCUGUUACCUAACUGGAUGCCCUGAUGGUUUCAGCCGCAGCUGUUGCUGCAGGGUUUUAGCUCAAGUUCUAGUCUUACGCUAGGCUCAGACUGCCAACUGCCACAACAACGUUGGCUAACUUUCUGCUGUCACAACUUCUACGACCAUCCAGUUGCUAGUCUGAGCGCUCUUACUACUCGAUUCUUGUCAUAUAACCUGUUGAUUGUUAAUCUGAGCACACCUGUCGGGAGAUGAGGAAAUUACAACGCAACCAUUUCGAGUUGGCCAACUUUGUUGUAACAGUUGGCUGUCUGAAAAAAAAGAUCCUUUGCUGCUAAUUGAAAAAAUGUGGCAGAUUUCCUCUGAAGAUUAAGAGUUAAAUGUUUGACAUCCACUUGCCAAUGAUUUAUAAAUCAAGGUGCGCUAAUGGUGUCAUUACAAUGAAUGGGUUCUUUCAAAAUGUACCUAAUAAACGUAAAUUAGUUUUAUACAUUUUUAAACACUAAUAGUAAGAUGUAUGGUAUCUAACAGACAUAAGCAUGGUAUAUUUCUUACAUAUCCUCAGAAAGCAAGCUUAAAAGAAAUUCAAGCAAACUGAGACCUAGGUGGACGAUUACGUUAGAAUACCAUAGCUAUACAUAGCCAAACUUUUAUUAUUAUUUUUGAUGUAAAAUAUAUGCAUUCCAAGCUCCAAAUUAUACUCAAUGUACUUUUCAGUAUGCCCAUAAAUGAGGAGAGGAUGGUAAUAAUCAAAUUUACAAAAGGAGGAGGGGUUAAAAACAAAAAAUCCCAGAUUUUGUACAUACGUAUUUUAUGGAUUGCCCUAGCCUGAAAUAAGUGAGGUAGCAGUACAAAACGAAUUGGAACAACAGACCUCGACAUGAAGAAACAAAACGAGGAGUGAUUCAUUGCUCCUCUAACUUAGACUAUGGGAAGCCAUUUAAAGGGACAGUCCCUAGUUUGUUGCCAUUGUAAGAUGUUCCGAUUAAUAAACGAUUUUAACAACUAAAAUUACAUACUAAAUAUUAUUUCUUCUUUAGAAUAUAGGUGUCUGUAUAUUCAGUGUUUCUUGCUGUCCUAUUGUUUGUAUGUAGCCCAAACUGGAUUUCGUCUCCUAACAAUUUUGUACGUGCAAAAAAUAUAUAUAUAUUGGGAAACGAAAUGAAGUUUCAGCUGGUACAAUACUGGGACGAUCAGAAACACAUUUAAAUAUACAGACACUGAUAUUUUAUGCAGGAAAAUGUAUUUAGUUCAAAUGUGUUGUCCUUGAAACGUCUCUGGUAGUCUGCAACAUCUUAACAAUGGCAACAAAGUCAGAACUGUCCCUUUAAGAUAUUACCAUAUUGAUACCAUAUACAUUUACAUUAAGCAGGGCUAAAAAUUACUCUCCUUGAAGGGAGUGGUGGAAAACGAGUGACCGCAAAGUCUGGGGCACUACUGGUAGUAUUAAACCAAAUAACUUCCAGCUGGAUCAAAGUUUGAGGUGUACCCAACUUUUGAUAGAGGAGUUAAUACCAAAAGUCCUGUCAUUGGUGAUAAAUGUGAGUGUUUGUUGUAAAACAAAUAUUAGUUUUAUCUGGGCAAAAAAUGUAUUCAAUUUUAUUUCAUCUAGUACCACUGUAUCAAAUUUUAUGUGGAAGUAGGUGCUACCCGUUAUCUCUGAAAUGAGCAGCUUAAGCCCUAAUAUUUUAAAUUGACUUUAAGGGUGAGGGGUGAUAGUAUAAAUACUGUGAUGUAUAUAUCAAUUGAUAACACUGCAGGUAGGAGUUUUAGCCACAUAUGUUACUAUUGUCGUCUAUGGGGUUUGAUUUGGUGGUAUACACCCAGUAAUAGAAGGGUUUUCUUGGUACAUGAAAAUGCCAUUUUUAAAGUAAAAAUGGCACUUUUUUAUUUUUCUGGCCCACUUAUAUUUACAAUGUAUGGCCCUGAUAAAUAUACAUUAUAUAUACAUAUGCAAUAUAUAGUAAAAUUUUAAAAUUAUAAAGUAUGUGUUACCACCAAGUGCCAGAUGACAGGUUUUUCUUCUCUGUUUUUUUUCUUCAAAUAAAAUAGCUAAUUAAAACUAUUCAACGGUACAGAAUUAGAGCUAGUUGUUUUUCCUUCUAUUAUUUGAAGUUGAGAUUAAGAUCAAAAUUGUUCUCAUAUUAAAUUUAGUAAUUUGUUUCUUUAACAAUUCCAUCUUUAGGUUUGUAUAAUUAAUUUUAUUUUAAAGUCAUGAGAAUUACUGGAUGCCAGUAAAUGAAAUAUUGUUGUAUUAUCUCUGCACCAACAUAAUUAUAUUUAUGCUUGAUAAUUAUAGUUAGGCUAAAAGCAUAAAAUUACUUUUUAUAUUUGUUUGAAGUACUUUUGUAUUGGAGGGGAGGGGAGCAAAAGUUAAACAUUUUGCUAAUAAGACCAAAGAUAGUAAUUCAGUUACAUAAUAAUGGAAACCAGUAAUUAUAUUAAUUUUUAUUAAAAUGAUAAAAAAAUUAUAAAAGAAUUUGAGUCAUUUUGUUUAAUUUCCUAAUUAUACUGGUCUUGAUAUACUGGAUUACAAUACCUAUAGAGAAUAAUGGAUCUAUGACAGGAUAUCGACUUUAUCCUGAGAAAGAAUGGGGAACUUUUACCUGUGUGUAUUGAAUCUGUUACUGUUUUUUCUCUUUAUCAAACAAAAAGAAAGAUAAAUCGUAUUUAUUUCUAUCUUUUGAUAGUCGAAUUUUCUAUGAUUAUCUUCAGGAGCAAGCUGAGCCAAACCUGUUGCAGUAUUACACCGUACAAGGUUCAUGAUGCCAUUCUUUGUAAAGAAAUUAAAUUAGCCACUUUAAAGGGACAUUCCUGAGUUUGAUGCAAUUUUUUACGUUCUUGACUAACAGCGACUUUUUAACGAUUGUAUUUACAUAUCAAAUAUAUUUUUCUGCAUAAAAUAUUAGUGACUAUAUAUUAAACGUGUUACUUAACUUCACCAGUAAAUGAUGACUUUCAUUGUUUCA